UAGUUUAGUAUCUCCGCUUCGGUCAGUGAAUGUGGAUUCUUGGAUAAUACUUAGUACCACUUUGUCGUGUAUAGUUUACGUAUUACUAGUUUGCAAUGGUAUCUAGUUCAAUGGCUUUAUUGUGGAAAUCUUUGUUAUUAUUUAUAAUUACAUGUUUUUUGGUAGUGGUUAAAUCCCAAGAUUCGGCUGUAGAUGAUGAUGGUUGUCGAACUCCUACUGGUGGUGCUGGUCACUGUAUACCUCUAAGGCAAUGUAAACCGAUGAUCAACGUUUUACGAACUGCAAAAAGACCAUUAUCGCCAAGCAUUAGUAAGCAAUUAAAUGCAUAUUACUGUAACUUUACAAAGAGCGUAUGCUGCCCGCAAGAGCCUAUCAUACUCCAAGAUGAUUCGGUAACAGAAGUGCCUCAACGCCCUCAACUCCCACCAGAUGUAUCGAAUCAUAGAAACUUAAAUUUACUACCGUCUGAUUGUGGUUAUCUAGAUCUAAAUGAUAGGAUUAGAAACGGACAGGAUGCUGAUUUAAAUGAAUUCCCUUGGAUGGCUUUACUCAGCUACAGAACAAGGAGGGGACCAGAUUUUAAGUGUGGUGGCACUAUUAUUAAUAGUAGAUAUAUACUCACAGCUGCUCACUGUAUUUCAAAUUUGGAUACACCAAUGUUGGGUGUACGAGUGGGAGAAUAUAAUACUAGGACUAGACGUGACUGUGUUAUGGGAAAAGAUGGAACUGAAAAAUGUAUUAAUAAUCCUGUUCAAGAUUUGGCGAUAGAAAAAAUUAUUCCUCAUCCCCAAUUUGAUGCUAGCUCAAUCUCAAACGAUAUUGGACUUUUAAGGGUGGCAAAAAUAAAUUUAAAUGUUGAAAACGCGAGACCAGUAUGUUUGCCGCUUGGUGAAUAUCGAACUAAAACGUUCAAAAGAGUAACAGUUACUGGAUGGGGAGUAACAGAUACACAAACAGGAGCCGUAAGUGAUAUACUUCAAAAAGUUGAUUUACCAGUAGUGGACUUGGAUCAUUGUAGAAACGUAUACAAAAAUCAAAGUCGAGCUCUCCUCACCUACAGGCAAGUUUGCGCUGGAGGUAAGAACAAUCAAGAUUCUUGUCCCGGUGAUAGUGGAGGACCACUUCAUGUUGCCGGAUUGAUUGAUGAUAACGCUCGUUACAUCCAACAAGGUGUCGUAUCUUUUGGACCCCGUGAAUGUGGCUUGGAAGGUUUUCCAGGAAUUUACACAAGGGUGGCGUAUUACAUGGACUGGAUAUUAAAUAAUCUUAGACCUUAGUUUUAUAUAAUUUUAUUCACUCUUUGUGAUAAGAAUGGAUCUUUGAUUGUAAAUGACAUGCUGAAGGAUGUUAUCAUAAUUCAAACUGCUAACUCUAAAAUAAGCAAAUUAAAUGUGAUACAUUUUAUCAGAGUUAAAAAUAUUUAAUUUGUAUAAAUUACCUUUUUAAUAUUUUUAUUUUAAAUUUCGACUUGUCAAAAAGGACAAAUACAGUACCGAAACCGAA